GUGGGUUCCGCCGCCGCGGGAGCCUGGGGAGCCCUCCGGCGGGCGGCGGCGGCGGCGGAGUCGGAGGGGCAGCGGCGGGGCAGCGGCUGGCCUCCGGCGCGUCCGCGAUGUUGAGCUCCCGGGCCGAGGCUGCGCUGACGGCGGCUGACAGGGCAAUCCAGCGCUUCCUGCGGACCGGGGCGGCCGUCAGAUACAAAGUUAUGAAGAACUGGGGAGUUAUAGGCGGAAUUGCUGCUGCUCUUGCAGCAGGAAUAUAUGUCAUUUGGGGUCCCAUUACAGAAAGAAAGAAACGUAGAAAAGGGCUGGUGCCUGGCCUCGUCAACUUAGGGAACACCUGCUUCAUGAACUCCCUGCUGCAGGGCCUGUCUGCCUGCCCGGCCUUCAUCAGGUGGCUGGAGGAGUUUACCACCCAGUACACCAGGGACCAGAAGGAGCCGCCCCGGCACCAAUACUUGUCCUUGACCCUGCUGCACCUCCUGAAAGCUUUGUCCUGCCAAGAAGUUACUGAGGAAGAGGUCUUAGAUGCGAGCUGCUUGCUGGAUGUCUUAAGAAUGUAUAGGUGGCAGAUCUCUUCCUUUGAAGAACAGGAUGCUCACGAAUUAUUCCAUGUCAUUACCUCAUCACUGGAAGACGAGCGGGACCGCCAGCCAAGGGUCACGCAUCUGUUUGAUGUGCAUUCUCUGGAGCAGCAGUCAGAAAUAACUCCCAAACAGAUCACCUGCCGCACAAGAGGGUCUCCUCACCCCACGUCCAGUCACUGGAAGGCGCAGCACCCUUUUCAUGGGAGACUCACGAGCAACAUGGUCUGCAAACACUGUGAACACCAGAGUCCUGUUCGAUUUGAUACCUUUGAUAGCCUUUCACUAAGUAUUCCAGCUGCCACUUGGGGUCAUCCCCUGACCCUGGACCACUGCCUUCACCACUUCAUCUCCUCGGAAUCCGUGCGCGAUGUUGUGUGUGACAACUGUACAAAGAUUGAGGCAAAAGGAACCUUGAAUGGGGAAAAGGUGGAGCACCAGAGGACCACUUUUGUUAAACAGUUAAAACUAGGGAAGCUCCCGCAGUGUCUCUGCAUCCACCUGCAGCGGCUGAGCUGGUCCAGUCACGGCACACCUCUGAAGCGGCACGAGCACGUGCAGUUUAAUGAGUUCCUGAUGAUGGACAUCUAUAAGUACCGGCUCCUGGGCCACAGGCCCAGUCAGCACCACCCUAAACUUAAGGAGAGCCUGGGGCCUGCGCUGGAACUGCAGGACGGGCCAGCUGCCCCCAAACCAGUUCUGAAUCAGCCAGGGGCCCCCAAAACACAGAUUUUUAUGAAUGGCGCCUGUUCCCCGUCUUUGUUGCCAACCCUGCCACCCCCAUUGCCCUUUCCUCUCCCAGUUGUUCCUGACUACAGCUCCUCCACGUACCUCUUCCGGCUGAUGGCAGUGGUCGUCCACCAUGGAGACAUGCACUCUGGACACUUUGUCACUUACCGACGGUCCCCACCUUCGGCCAAGAACCCUCUGUCAACCAGUAACCAGUGGCUGUGGAUCUCCGACGACACUGUCCGCAAGGCCAGCCUGCAGGAGGUGCUGUCCUCCAGCGCGUACCUGCUGUUCUACGAGCGGGUCCUCUCCAGGGUGCAGCACCAGGGCCAGGAGUACAAGUCUGAAGAGUGACUGCCCUGGUCCAAGCUGAUGGCCUCGUUCGAGCCAUCCAGGAUAGAAGCCAGCUGUGCUGUGUGUGUCGCGCAAGCAGCUUGCGGCGUGUUCCGAAAGAGGGCUCCGUGGAGGAGCCCCCCACCCCCGGCCCUGCUAGCAGCUCUGGAAGGGCCGGCGAGCCGGAGAGCGUCCCUGUGUCUAGAGUGUCUUUUUACUCAUCUGAUUCAAGUAAUUAAAAGCUACCAGAUUCCAGAAACCACCUUUUCUAUAUUGUAACAUGUUAGAUAUUCUCAGAGGGCAGUCACCUUUGCCUAAUCCUCUGACAUUUCCACAUAGAUUUUUUAUUUUUAAUAAGCAGGCCCCUAAAAAUUGUUGACAUAAUUAGUGAAAUUAUUAAAGGCAACAAUUUAGAAGAAAAAGUGCCUUUCACUUUCGAUUGCUUUUGUAGCCCAACCAUUCUGAGAAAGAGACAUGAUCUAAGAGUCCUAGAAACAGUUUUUGAAAGCCCUGUUCCUUCGGUCACUCAGAGGAUAUCAAAGAGCAGUUACAAGAUGCCUGAAGAGCUCCUCUCCCUCUUUGUACGCCUUUUUCUAACCUUUUGAUUCUUUCUAUGUCUUAAAGACACAUCUGCCAAGUCUCCCCGCCCCGGGCGCUCUGUCACGACUUUGUCAGUCAAUGUAAGUGAAACGCUUGUUGCUUUUCUCUUUUGUGUACUACACCAAGAGAUGUGAUCCUAGUACAUUAUGAAAACCGUGUGGCCAGCCAGACCGGACAGCGUCUCUGUAUCUGGGCAACCCGUGUCUUCUGCCAUGUAGAAAACCCAUUGCACGAGGACAGUUACUUCUGUGUUAUUUAUUGCCUGUGCAGGAGCUCUGAAGGCCUACAGGCAGGGUCUUGGGGCUGUGUGAGCUCAUCCCUGCCUCAGCUGGAGAGCUGGAUUAGGAUGCGCUCUGUAUAUGGGCUGCAGUCUUGCUGGACCUGUUUCCUCAUUUGUAAAGUGAAGGGUUAGAUUAGAUGACCGAAAAGUUCAAUCCUGCCACACGCAGUGGCACAUGCCUAACAUCCCAGCAGCUCGGGAGGCUGAGACAGGAUGAUCGAGAGUUCAAAGCCAGCCUCAGCAAAAGUGAGGCGCUAAGCAACUCAGUGAGACCCUGUCUCUAAAUAAUAUGCAAAAUAGGGCUGGGGAUGUGGCUCAGUGGUCUAGUGCCCCUGGGUUCAAUGCCUGGUACCAACACCCCCCGCCCCCAAAACUCCAGUCCUUCCCACAGAAGGAAGAAAGCAGUUUGAUUUCUGAAACACAAAUACAGCCAACAUUAGGCAUCAUCAUUGUUUUUGCCCACAUUCUAAAUUUAUUCAUUCCCAGUAGCCUAAUACAAAAAGAGUAUAUUGAGCAUUUUCUUCCCUUUUCAGAUAAGUCUCAUGAAUGCAACCCAGGGCUGAAGGAAUUUUGAUGACACAAUAGUACCGAGUUUAAGCUAGGUUUGUGAUUUUUAAAAAAAGAUACCAAAUUCAAGCUGACUCUUCAGAGAAAACAUUUGGAAUCAGACCAAUACAAAAGAUCACCAGAAGUCAGGCCAAGAACUGUGCUCCUGCUGGGCAUGCCCCUGGACUCCAGAGGCUCAGGCAGGAGGAUGGUGAGUUCAAAGCCAGCCUCAGCCACGGCAAGGUGCUGAGCAACUCAGCAAGACCCUGUCUCUAAAUAAAAUACAAAAUAGGGCUGGGGAUGGGGCUCAGUGGUACCAAAAAAAUAAAUAAAAGAACUGUGCUCCCUCCACCUGGGGUGAGCUUCCAGAUGUGCGUUGGCAUUAGUUGACAGUGCAAGAAGCCCAGGUGGUCACCAUUCAGCUGGGCCAGUGUGCAUCCUAAGGACUUGGGGACUCUCCCUGCCAAUAGAAUAUACUGUGAAGGUUCUCGGAGCCACCAAUGUCAGUGUGAAAGCAGGAGCUUGAACCACCUGGUCCGUGCACUGCAGACCUCAGUGUUGAUGUGGAACUGAAUGCACCUGUUUAUCUAAAUCCAGUGACAUAAACACCAGGUCGUGUGACCGUGAGCUGCACUGCACAGUUGUAGCUCUGAGUAACUGCUGUUCUGCAACCCCGGGAAACUGGCAUCAGAGAGAUGCAUGCGACAAUGGGCCUCCAGACAGCGGGCUGGGAGGAGCUCCUUGGCCAGAGGCUGGGGUGUGAGUGAAGGCUGUAAAUGUGAAUGACAACCUGUCUGAACGCUAACUUCCUCAUUUUGUAAAUUAUUAGGCAUUAAGUAGCGGCAGAAUCAUCUGAUUUCUUGUUUUAAGUUAUUUACAAAGUCAGUAGCUUCUUUUUGGAAAAGCCUAAGUUAAACUAGUAGUCUAGGCUAUAAUAACUGAUUUAUGUAUUUGCUAAAGGUACUUUUGUAUCUGCUAUGUAUUAUAGCAAUAAAAGAAUCAUUUUGUUAGGAAAAAAA